GAGCGCAGCGCACGAGCCCGCGCAGCCCCGGCCCCGCCGCUGGUCCCGCCCGGAGCCGCCGCCGAGCCCGAACCGCCGCCCCCGCCCGGAGCCCCUCCCGCCGCCCCUCCCGCAGCCCCUCCGCGGCGGAGCGUUCGGUGCCAUGCCUAAGAAUAAAGGCAAAGGAGGUAAAAACAGGCGACGAGGUAAGAAUGAGAAUGAAUCAGAAAAAAGAGAACUGGUCUUCAAAGAAGAUGGGCAAGAAUAUGCCCAGGUGAUCAAGAUGUUAGGCAAUGGAAGACUGGAGGCAUUAUGUUUUGAUGGUGUGAAGAGGUUAUGUCAUAUUAGAGGAAAGCUAAGAAAAAAGGUCUGGAUAAAUACUUCUGAUAUUAUAUUGAUUGGCUUAAGAGACUACCAGGAUAACAAGGCUGAUGUUAUUCUAAAAUACAAUGCAGAUGAAGCCAGAAGCCUGAAAGCGUAUGGGGAGCUUCCAGAACAUGCUAAAAUCAAUGAAACAGACACAUUUGGUCCUGGAGAUGAUGAUGAAAUCCAGUUUGAUGAUAUUGGAGAUGAUGAUGAAGAUAUUGAUGAUAUCUAAUUUGGAACAGAGGUUUACAUUCCAACUUUUUUCCUCCAAGGAUUGUUCUACAUUGAUACUUCGAUUAUUUCUUGGGUGAUGUCCCUUACUUUUAAGAAGACUGAAAAUUCUCAGUAAAGAGUGUAGUUUGUUACAUCAAAAGGAUUUAUUUUCAAUGUUUGUUUUAAAGUAUUUAUAUUUCUUUAGAAAUGGAUAACGCUGGAUUACCACAAAGGUUCAAUGACAUGCCACAAAUAUUUUGUCCCUUCACCAAUUAGAGCUUUUAUCUCUGGAUGUAAGUGAGAUACAGUGACAUGGGCUGUAAAAGACUGCAUUUUUCCCUCUUCUGCUUUCAUCACUACAAUUCCAGUUAAACUUGUAUUUUGAAAUAAAAAUGGUUUACCCUGUAAUUAUCAUGGAUUUUGAUUAAAGGCAAAUAACCCAGUUCAGAUUAGUAUCAAAUCAUACUAUGCAGUGUCUGUCCUUAUACCCUUGCCUUGAUGUUAACUUUAAGAAAGAUUUUGAUAAUAUAAGAGGAAGGCAGAAAUCUGCAUUUAAACUCACAAUGCAUGAUGAAUCUGCUUUUCACGUCUAGUAGCAUGCUGCUAUUUUUAUACUGAUUUUGAUAAUUAAAAACACUCAUUGUUUCAAAGAUGUCAAUUUUCCAUGCUGGAGGGAGGGGUGGGAGAGGAGUAAAGAUGAGCAGUGAGCAGCAUCUCAAAUUUGCAAUUUUUUUGAAACUGCAGUUGGUGCAGUGGCCGAGCUGCAGCUGCAGACAAUGAACAUUGGGUGGCACCCGACUGAACAGGGAGACACAAAUGCAAAUCCUUCACAGUGGGGUUUUUACUGAAAAAUGCAUUAAAUAGGUUUUCCCCAAAGUAAAUGCUUAACAUUCUUGAUAUGUUAAACAUGUAGAAUAUUUUUACAUUAUAUAAAGGGUUAUGUUAAGAGUAGAGUUUUAUUUUAAUCUGAAAUUCCAUACAUUGUAAGGUGCAACAUAAAAGCUUAUGUGAACUUUGAGUAACAAUAUAAAUAAGAAAAUAAGUUUGUGUCAAAAGUAGAAAGAAUCUUUUCAUCCAGAAUAAAUCAAUGAAACAGACUACUGGAAGGAUUCUUGUCCACCUUCAGACUGGAGGAGUCAGUUGAGAAACUGAAUAAAGACUAACAUCAUCAUGCAAAUAUUAUUUUGUGGUAGCCUUAGUGUCUUUGUCUUUAAUAAUGUAUUUAACAGCUCUGAAAGCAGGUUAAUGGAAAAAUUCCUUCUGUGCCAUAAAGAUCUGAUUCUUGACACUUGUAUUCCUUAUACAGUCUUUUUGGUAUGAUGUAAAGUGACUACCCCAAUAGAUAAAAACAAAAUGGCUUUAAAUACA